GCCAUUCAUAUUUACAUUCCACUUAAACCACAACAAUCUUCUUCGUACAUCCCUGUAAGGUUCUUAAACCCUAAUUUGCUGGAAUGGAUUCAGAGCUUUCUUCUGAGAUGAUCAUGGAGAUAAUGUCACGAGCUUCGUUAAAAACUCUCGGCAUCAUGCGUUGCGCGAGCAAAGAACUCAAUGCGCUCACAUACGAGUCGUAUCUUCUCGAUUUAUACAAGAAACGAAACAAGAUCGUAUCCGGGUUUCUCAUACAAAAUAUGAGAAGAGGUUGGAUGAAUAUCAAACAGUUUGCACCGUCACCCGAAUCCAACACUCUUGAUCUCGGUUUUCUACCCUAUAAUGCUCAAAUUCUUGCGACAUCCGAGCAAGGAAUCAUGGUGUUCAAGAUUCAAGACCCUAUGAAUUGCAGGAGAUAUUCGUACCAUGUUUGUAAACCUACAACUAAACAGGUUUUGGCAUUGCCGAGGCCCAAAGGAAAUCAUACGGAUCAGAAGUUUGCAAUUGUGGUGAUGGGUUUGAAGCCGCUUCAUUACAAGAUUAUCAGAUUUUCUGAAUGCCGUGCUUUGAGACGGUGGAGAAAGUUCCACAUGGCGUAUCGCUGUGAAAUAUUCGACUCGAUGACAUGGAAAUGGCGAUCACUUAAGCAUGUAGCAUUGGGUGACUGUGUUUUCUUGACCAACCCGCAACCAGUCACAAAGAGCGGUGCCAUAUACAUGUUGUUAACAAAUAAUAACAUCUUAAAAUUCGACGCGGAUUCUGAAAUAUGGGAAGUCUUUUCGUCUCCUAUUCCGUAUGAUGAAUCAAGGACACCAACCGAACUUGUAAAGUAUGGCGGAAAAUUGGGGUUGGCUUGCAAGCCAUCAAAUGCAAAUGGUUAUUGGGACAUUUGGGUUUCUAAGAAGGAUAAAUUGUGGGAGAAAGAAGCUGAUGUUGCUGUUGAAAGCAAUAGCGAAAGGGAGAGACUCAAGGCCUUAUAUGAUCCGCAUACAAGCGUUAUGGUCGAUUGUGAGACGCUCUUAUUCUACAGGCUGAAACAACAAGACAAUAACAUGAUCAGUAAGAUCGUACUAAAUGACAUCCCUUAUCAAAUCUUCUCCUUCCGAUCGGACUUUGAGCCAAGUGAUUUAAAGUAGACAUACGUACGUCAACGGAUCUUAUUGAUUAUAUUAGACUCAGAAAGUGGUACAUUUGAUAUAUAUAGAUAUGUAGUUUUGUUAUGAAGUACAUCUAUGAGUUUUAGCCCUUUAGAACAAUUAUAUAUUUUGAUCUUUUGCUGCUUGUGGUGUUUGGUGGUUGAUCCAAAGAAUGUAAGGCAAUUCAUAUCUAAAUGUAUUUAUCUUAACUUAGUUUAA